CUUUGAAUUACAGAAACAUAUAACGUCGAGGCAACUGGUCCUCGCUGCAGCGGAGAGAGUGAGCGAGUGAGUGAGAACGCGAUUCAUUCCUGUCUGGUUGCGCAGUCUUACGUCCUACGCAGGCUCGACGCUUUCGUCUCUAUAUUGUGUGAAGAUUGCGUGUAGAAACAUGGCAGCGGUGUCUCGGAUUGUUGCGGCAUUGGUGUUUAUGCUCAUGGCAGUGGCAUCUGUGCACGGGACUGACGACGCGAGCGCACCAAGCUCAGCGGAUACUUGCGGGCAAGUUCUCACGAGCUUGCUGCCAUGCGUGCCCGCCAUUGGGAAGGAUGCGCAAAAGCCCACUCCGGAAUGCUGCUCCGCAAUCAAGGCUGUGAGUCCGACUUGCGUUUGCUAUCUGAUCUCUUCGAAGCCGGACAUCCCAGACCCCCUCAAGGACAUCAACCUCGAUGCAGUCGCGAAGCUCCCGAAGGCUUGCGGUUUGAAGGCGCACUAUGUGUCUCACUGAGCACCAGGGCGUCAGACGAGUCUCCUCCUGAAGGGUAAGGCUUGGCAGCGUUCUCCUCUGCGAUGCAGGUUGCGUUUGGCUCAGAUCUGUCAUUGUUAGUAGUUUUUAUCUGUUCUUCCAUUAUAUGACUUCUGUGAGCUGUUUUAGCCCAUUGUGCGCUCGUCGCAGAUCUUGGUAUGUCUCGAAUGACUAUUAGUGCGCCCACUUCGUCAUACGGGCAGUAUAGUCUGUCCCUGCAUACUCCUGUACUUAUCAAGCUAAUUAACUUCUUCGCUGCGAAGAUGCUUGUACCAUGAAAAUACCUUCCACCGCAUGCCUAUGCUGUCGAUAUUGUUCGUAACAUUUGCUAAAUGGCAACUAUCUAUACUUGAAGUGAACUUGUGAUCCCAAAUCAUGUGUUACCGCUCACAGAUAGGGUAGCUACACGCCGCGAACUUUUGUUGUCUUGAAAAGUUGCGUGUGUAUUAGAGGCCAACAUUUGACUUCGAAUCUGUAUCCAGACCAAGACCAUAACCAUCAGCAGCGACCUAUGCUCACUCAGAGCAGUACCUGCG